UUACGCAACUGUCUUCCUGCACUUGGACCGUCACUUGGGGUGUCACAGCUGUCCACUUUUGAGUUGAAGAUCAUGACCGAGGAGGCUUUUGAUGUCAUGGUGGUCGGCUCUUGCAUGACCGACUUAGUGAGCCAGGCACCCAGGCUACCCAAAGCAGGGGAAACUAUCCAUGGUCACAAGUUCUUUAUCGGCUUUGGUGGAAAAGGGGCCAACCAGUGCAUACAAGCUGCCAGACUGGGAGUCAAAACUGCUAUAAUCUGCAAGGUUGGUAAAGACUUCUUUGGAGACAAUUACAUCCAGAAUUUCAAGGACAAUGAUGUACACACAGACUUUGUCAGGCAGACCUCUGCUGCAGCUACAGGAGCUGCUUCCAUCACCGUCAACGAUGCAGGUGAGAAUGCCAUCGUCAUUGUGGCCGGUGCCAACAUGCUGCUGGGCAAUGAGGAGCUCCAGGAAUCUCUUCCAGCCAUCAGAAGAGCCAAAGUGUUGGUGUGUCAGCUGGAGAUCAGCCCACAGACGUCCCUUCAGGCUCUGCAAAUGGCUCGCGACAGCAGAGUGAAGACGAUAUUCAACCCAGCACCAGCCAUUCCUGAACUGGAUCCCAAUUUCUAUGGAGUCUCUGAUGUGUUUUGCUGCAAUGAGUCUGAGGCAGAGCUGCUCACCGGCUGCCCGGUUCAUGAUGUGGAAGAGGCACAUCGCGCCGCUCAGGAGCUGCUGAGGAGAGGCUGCGGGGCGGUCAUCAUCACUUUGGGACCCCAGGGCUGUGUGGUGCUUAAGGCACAGGGGUCGGCAUCGACGCAUGUUCCAGCUACAGCAGUAGCAGCAGUAGAUACUACGGGAGCUGGAGACAGUUUCAUUGGUGCGCUGGCAUUUUACAUGGCUCAUCACCCCACAAUGCCUCUGGAGGAGAUGGCCCGCAGAGCCAAUCAGGUGGCGACGGUGAGCGUGCAGGCCGUCGGCACGCAGACGUCGUACCCGUUCAAACGGGACCUUCCAGCAGAACUGUUCUGACCCAAGAAACUGGACCAAGUCUGGGCUGAAAGUUGCUUCAGAAAAGUAAAAACCAAUGAUGUGUGUGGAUCAUGGAUUGAUCAGCUAAGCUGUGC